CCUGCAAAAUAAAAUUAGGAGACAAGCUUGCAAUGUAACGUAAACAAAAUUUAUCACAACACAACCACCUGAAGGGGAUUACGAACAGCCGACAUUUGGACGUAUUUACAAAUUUUAUUGUUUGUACAGAAAAAAUUGCUCACUAUCAGUGUAGAUACAAAGAUACAAAGCAGAUGAAAGUCAUAUCCACAGAUGUGUGCCUGCACUGUGAAUGACUAUUCAAGUUGGUUAGAUAAUGCAAGUUUGUCAACUUUUUUUAAAACUGGAUUAUUGAAUAACAUGCAAAGUGAUUAACGUUGUAUCAAAUAGAAAUAGAAAGUUGUGAACAUAUAUUAAUUUUGUUACACAUGUCUAUGGAGUUGAAGGUGCUUCAGUAUGAGAAUUUAUUCAACAUGUCGACAAAUAUUCACUUCAGAGAAACUUGCGAAAUGUUACCCUACUGUGUGCCAAUGUUUUUUCCCAAAGAUGAGCCAAUAUGGAAAAGUAUAAAAUAUCCUAACAGAAUGACUUCGAAGUGGAAGUCGGUGUUCAAGAGGCCGCAUUCUCACGAUUCGACGAAUCCUCAACCGGUCGAAAACCACGAAGAGUCCAGCGCUAUAAUGCAGGAAAUGACGGAACUCCCAGCGGACUUCAUCCUCGGUCCUGAUCCUAACGCAUCCAAGUCCCGGCCAGUUUUCAAGUCGAGUCAAUCUGCCAUUGAUCAGCCGACGGUGGAACUCAGGAACAAUGGCUCGAGGAGAUCUCACGGAACUUCCCUGGGGGCCAUCGAGGACCUUCUGCAGUGUCCCGUUUGCCUCGAACGACUUCGUACACCACGAAUGAUGCCAUGCCAGCACACCUUCUGCCUCGAAUGCUUGGAGGAGCAGCUUAACUACCCGGGAAACGAUGGAAGAGCGAUCAAGUGCCCGCUUUGCGAGUUGACGGUGGUCGAAUCGGUGCCUCAUGACCUACCAACGAACCUGUACAUCGAGAAUCUUCUGCGGGUGAUGGGAAACGCUGGUGGAAAAAGUCUGGAGCACCUGGUCUUCUCCAGUCCUGUGGUGACUUUCGCGCCCUGCGUAAACCAGCCGUCUUCCCUUGUCCAGGGACCGUCUUCACUGAUGUCUCAGCAGGAGCCUGUGGUCCAGGACAUCCGGUGCGUUAAGUGUGAGACUGCUUGCACCAGGGAAAAUAGAUGUAAACACUGCAAACAGAUAUUUUGCAGCGUUUGCUGGGUCGCCCAUAUGGACGACCUCAAAGAGCAACUCGGCAACAUCACAGACCAGCUCAGUAACACAACGGAUCGUUUUGAACACAGGAUUCAGGAUUACAAGACAAGGGUCGACCAGUUGAUGGAAUACAUUGAUCGUGACAUCGAGUUGCGAAUCGGGGAACUGCGACAGGAGCGUGAAGAGAGGAUACAGCAAGUCCAGGAAUCGGCCAGAAAGGGUGAGCAUCUCGCUGAGGAACUCAAAGGAAAAAUAAUCAGAACGAAGGAGGAAGUCGAUGCUUACCAAAGCUUCAAGUUCGAUACUCUCGCCGACAAUCAGGAGAAGGUCAAAACGUUCUUGGCUCUUCAUAGGCGAGCAAGCGAGCUCAUGACAGCGGUUUCUUAUUGGCAGCCAGAGAUUACUGAUUCCUUAGACGAUCAGGACGAAAAGCAGAGGAUCAAUUUUGCCACGUCGGAGGAAAAUGCUCAGUUUUAUUACAGGAGCAAAACUUUUACACCGAGGAUCGUGGCUGGCCGGGGAAUAGUUCAGAGACCUUCAGGGAUCACUAUGGACCCCUGGAAGAAACAUUUGCUAGUGGCCUGUCCAGGCACUCGGCAAGUUUUGGUCCUGGACAAGAAGUACCGAGUACACAGACGCAUACAGCACGAGGGUAUGAUGUCUCCCCAGGGUGUCGCCUUCCUCGAGGACUUCGAAGAGCUUUUCGUCACUGACAAGUGGAAGCACUGCAUCCACGUCUUCAACAGCAAGGGAAUGCUUCUCCGGCGACUCUGCACGAAGGGUGAAGGCGACGGGCAGCUCCGUAGUCCUGAGGGAAUCGCGGCUCACCCCUCGAGGAAUCUACUCUACGUUGCGGAUACGGGAAACGACCGGAUCCAGAUCUUGACACCCGACGGUGCGACGUUCGCGACCAUCGGACCGACCGGGAACGCUGAAACCGUCCUGACCAAGGCUGGGGUGGAAAUCACCAACAACGCUACACAUUUUAAUCAACCCACAGCCGUCGCCGUUUCGGAAACUGUGAUCGUCGUCGCUGAUUGUGGAAAUCACAAGAUAAAGAUAUUCGAUCACGCAGCGAACCUUCUUCGCACUAUUGGAACUCCUGGAACGCAUAGAGGGUUGCUCAGAUCUCCGGAGGCAGUGACGCUGGACCCGAAGGGAAACGUGAUCGUCGGCGAUUCCGGCAAUGGGAGAGUUCAGAUAUUUACAGUCACUGGUGAACUUCUAAGAGUUCUGGGUUCCAAGGGAACGAAAGAAGGCCAGUUUGGCUGGGUUUCGGGCAUCUUCGUCAAAGAUAAUUGCGAAAUGGUCGUCGCGGACAGCAAGAAUUACACCGUUCAAAUAUUUUAAGUGUAUCGACACCGCACUGCGUUUGAUUUUUAUUAUACGUAUUGGAUAUGGUGCAUUCUGUACACGUGUAAUCUGCGUCACCAAAUCGGUUCAAGCUUUUUGAAAUGCGUUUUUUAGAUAUUGAUAUUACCUGUAAUUUUGUUCGAGAUUUUUGUUCGAAGGCGUUCAAAAGUUAG